GACCGCCGCCGCCCGCCGCGACCCCCUGAACCGUCGCGCUUCUGGAACCUUGCCCAUUCCAGGAAUUAAAUUCCCAAAAAGUUGCAACUUUUGCGACAACACACCACACCACACCACGCCUCACCACGCCACACCACACCACCAUUCACCGUAUUUCGCAAAGUUCAGCAGAGAAUAAUAGGAAAACAAGAAAAACCAAAAAAAAAAAACCGCCAAAAUGACAACAAUGAACAACUACCGCCCCCCCACGGCAGAGGAAAAACUCACCAUGUCUCCCAUCGACAGGCUGAGCAAGUGGCUGGAGCUCAAGAUUUACCAGCUCGAGGUGACGAUGAGCGUGUACAUGUUUACGCCGAUGGAGAAGUUUAUUUUCUACUCGAUCCUGUUCCUCCUGACCAGCUUGACGCUCAUCGCGACGGUCUUGUAUCUCCCCCAUCACAUCGCCUUCAUAGUGGGGAGGGCGUGGUUUUAUAUGCAUGGGGAGGUGCCGGUGGAUGCGGUAGAGAAGGUGACGAGUUCGACGUUGGGGAAGGUUGCGGAGGUGACGGCUGGGGUUGUGAAGGAGCUCUAAGCUCGUGAAGGACAGGGGCCGGGAAUGGUUCGGGGACCUGCUCGAGACACAGGUUUUCGGUGGCGGUUUCUGGUAUGGUGGGCCAAAAGCAGCGAUCGGAGGGUCUGGUUGCUGUAGGCCUGGAGGGCUGGGUGAUGAUAAGUUGGGGAUGGACGACUAAUGCGGUUGGGAUGUGACAGUAAUGAUUGGGAAUACGGAACGGUCAAUUAUCGGUGGUGCUGUUGGGUGGUGUACGCAAUUCACACGACAUACAUAAGGGGAGAAUGGUUGGAUUAAUUGGGCGUUUUAGGGGCAGGCAUAGCAGGCGGUCAUAUAGUAAUUUGGAAGGGGAUGAACAGGUGCAUACAGAUAGAUGCCUUGGACGGCGGUACACAUAAACAUAUCAUACCAAAAAAUAAACUUAACACCACGGAUAUCAACGUGUUCUAUAGUAACACUUUAAUCAUGACUUUUUCAUUC